AUGGCAGAGAAGCUAGGCAUUGCUGGAGCCUUGCAGCGCCCUACUACUUCAAUCAUGUUUGGAGAUGCAACUUCUAAGUCUCCUCUUGGAGUGUUCAAGAACUAUCACUUGAAAAUUGGAGAAUGCAUCAUCCAAACUGAUCUCACUGUGAUGGAGAUGGAAGAAGAGAAGGAUCUACCUCUGUUAUUGGGAACCCCAUUCCUUAGUACAGUUGGCGCUUCAAUAGACUUUCACAAGCAAGAAGUGAUCCUUCACAAGGUGAAUAGUUUGGUGUCAUAUCGCUUGCAGCCUAGAGGUUCAGACUUUUGUGCCACAAUUGACAGUACCACUCUCAGUUCUAAGAGUCAUGAGCUACAAAGGAUUGAGAAGCCACGUCUUGAGAGGGCUAGAGUUGAGAAACCACGUCUGAUAGGCCACGAGCUGAUAGAGAAGCACCCUUGUGUGCUUGAUGAAGAGAGCCUUCAAGCUUUGUUUGAUGAGCCACUAGGAAGGGCUCUAAAAGAAGGGGAGGAUGUAGCCUCUAAGGCAAGACCAGUGAUAAAAAGAAAGAUCCACCAGCUCAGGCCCCUUCAUCAAAAGCCAUCUCAGCUCACAAUGACCUUGUUCCCCACCAAGUUUGAAAAUGGGAAGAUUGAGUACAAGAUAAGGUACAAGGGGAGAUCAAGACCAUUCUCUAGAGCCAAGGCCUUGGUCACUUCAGAACAGUCCAGGGACCCAACCAAGCUAAAGGAGCUUCUGUCUCAAGUCCUCACUAUCACCCUUGAUGGUGGGACUAGCUCAACCAAUGCCUAA